GUGGUCUGGAAGCCCUUGAAGAUCGAGAUUGAUCCGAGCUGCGACACUGGCGAGACCGCAACGGGGAAGGGCAGAUACUGGUUCCUGGCGCCUUACUUGGUGGACAUCAUGCCCCUCAUCGACGUUUCCAAGCAGGCGGGCUUGAUCUUCCGCCGCCGCAUCGACUGGGACAGCAAGGCCCUCGAGAAGAAGAGCAAGACUAAGCGCCCAGGGGAUGCGGGCUUUGGCGCGGGCAGCGCGAGCGGCAGCAAUGAG